AUGCAUACUCCUGUUAAUUCCCUAAACGAGAUACGGACCAUUUUAGAAUUUCCUCCCAGAGGUAGAGCACAGCAUUCCUUCCUCGAGACCACAAUGGAAACUUUAACCAAAAUUAAUGAGCCAAGUAAUUUCGCAAGAACUAUUAGAACACAAUAUUCAGAAGGCGGUGCUAGAUAUAAUCAAGAAGGCCAGACCAGAGGCGAGACCAAACUGCCUCAAACAGCAGUUGUCCACUUCCUGUUGGAACGGCAGUUGUUGUCAGUUAG